AACGCGCGGGGCAGCGGCGGGAGUCGCCGGGCGCCGCCUGUCCGCGGUCUCCUGCGCCCGCGCCUGCUCCUUCGAUCCUUCUCCUCCUCCCGGGACGCCUGCGGCCGCGACCGCUCCGCAACUUUCCAAGAAAGUUCAGAAACUCAGCUCCGGAGCGGCCGGGUCGCUUGUGGUGGUCACCUCGGGGAUCGCUAGGGCUUUGCGUUCGCUACACCUGCCUUGGCCGCCGCCGCCGCCGCCCAGGACAGGGCAGUGGGCAGACCCAGGCGGCGGCGGUGGCGGUGGCGGCGGCGGAGUAGCUGCGGCCGCCAGCACCUUAGCCUGGGUACCGCGCGCCGCCGCCGCCCACGUGCGCGGUGGUCCAGCAGAGCGCAUCUUUCUGCUUGGGGCAUUUUUUUGGUUUUCUAUCUCUCAUCUUUCUUUCCUUUUACGUUUUGCUUAUGGGAAAAAGUUGAGUCGAAAGUGUCCAACAAUUGCCACGUUCCCGUUAUCCUCCUUUCCCGCCCCACUUUUUUUUAAAGCAGUGCCAACGGAUUUUUGUUGUUGUUGUUGUUAAAGAGUCUGUUUUGUUUUAUGAUCGAUAGUUUCCCUUGCUUGGUCCUGGCGGUUGCUGAUCCGCGGAGUGGCGUGGACCUCAUGUAGAAAUGACAGCAAUGGAAGGGGCCAGCGGGUCGAGUUUUGGAAUAGACACGAUUUUGUCCGGUGCCGGUUCCGGCAGCCCCGGCAUGAUGAACGGAGAUUUCCGCCCUCUCGGUGAAGCUAGAACCACGGAUUUUAGGAGCCAGGCCACCCCGUCACCCUGUUCGGAGAUUGAUACCGUGGGAACGGCGCCCUCUUCUCCGAUCUCGGUCACCUUGGAGCCCCCGGAGCCGCAUCUUGUGACAGACGGGCCCCAGCAUCACCAUCACCUCCACCAUGGCCAACAGCCGCCGCCACCGCCAGCCGCGGGCCCCGCACAAAGUUUGCAGCCUUCGCCCCAACAGCAACCGCCUCCGCAGCCACCGUCGGCAGCCCAACAGCUGGGCUCAGCCGCCUCGGCCCCCAGGACUUCCACCUCUUCAUUUCUAAUUAAGGACAUCUUGGGGGACAGCAAACCUCUGGCGGCUUGUGCGCCCUACAGCACCAGCGUCUCUCCUCAUCACACGCCGAAGCAGGAGAGCAAUGCGGCGCACGAGAGCUUCAGGCCAAAGCUGGAGCAGGAGGACAGCAAAACGAAGCUGGACAAGAGGGAGGACUCCCAGAGCGACAUCAAAUGCCAUGGAACAAAGGAAGAAGGAGAUCGGGAGAUUACAAGUAGCCGAGAGAGUCCCCCUGUGAGAGCCAAGAAACCCCGAAAAGCCAGGACAGCUUUCUCGGACCACCAGCUCAAUCAGCUGGAGCGCAGCUUCGAGAGGCAGAAGUACCUGAGUGUCCAGGACCGCAUGGACUUGGCAGCGGCACUCAACCUCACUGAUACUCAAGUCAAGACUUGGUACCAGAACCGCAGAACCAAGUGGAAGCGACAGACCGCAGUGGGCCUGGAGCUGCUGGCAGAGGCUGGGAACUACUCCGCUCUACAGAGGAUGUUCCCGUCGCCUUAUUUCUACCACCCAAGCCUGCUGGGCAGCAUGGACAGCACCACAGCGGCGGCGGCGGCCGCGGCCAUGUACAGCAGCAUGUACCGGACUCCUCCGGCACCCCACCCGCAGCUGCAGCGGCCGCUGGUGCCCCGCGUCCUCAUCCACGGCCUGGGGCCUGGGGGACAGCCGGCCCUCAACCCUUUGUCCAACCCCAUCCCAGGCACCCCGCAUCCCCGGUGAGGAAGGAGGGACCGUGCCGAAGCCCUCCAAUUCCCAUUCCGCCCCGGACAGCUGCCCCGCCUCUCCCCGCACCAGGCCAACAGGAAUAGAGGCUGAGGAGUCAAAGGGGAGCUCACCGGUGGGCUGGGGUCCCCAAGGACCAGCCAGCUCUCUGCUCUCCAUCUGCCCCCUCAGAGGCAGGGAUGCAAAGCUCCCAACAGUGUGAAUGGCCCCACUGAAAGGCUACCAGUAAGUGAAAAACAUCCACAAAAGCAAACCCUCGACUUCUUUUUUAACAGAAUGACUUUAGGGACCCGCGGAAGGGAGGGAGGGGGGAGGGCUAAGAAGGGAUGAGAGAAGGGCGUGGAGAGGGGCUCUCUGGCAGAGAGAAUUGUUGCUGGACACAGCCUGAAGUUCACCCUCGGGCAGAAGGUGAUUUCCUGGACAUCCAAUCUGCCUCAGAGCAGAGGAGGGGGAUGGAGAACUUUGCACUGAUUUCUCAUGAGAUUUUUUUUUCUUUUGAAAAAAGUGGCAUGCUACAUAAUAUGAAAAAAUGUACAUUUGAAAGACUGAGUGAUAAGUGAUAUAUCAUAUUUAUUAUAUGUUGUCCAAAACAGAGUCACUUAUAUACGUCAGUAAAAAACAUGAUUUUUCUUUUCAUGUCUUUUUGAUUCAGUAAAAUAAAUGCUUAGACAAAAGUAUAGAUUUUUCUGUGAUUGAAAAUUACAAAAAUAAAGUUUAUCU